CCACGAUGUCACACAUGUUGCUCCAUUAAUAUAUAGCUCCACCCCUUCCUCCCGCUCCAAACUCCAAGGACGCAGCAACAACUCGCUACCCCGAGCUUGUAGCCUCGGCUAACUAGCUUCUCUGUGUGCGCGCGCGCUGUCACGUACACUCUUGUUGCAUCCAGCAUGUCGAGCAGGGCAUCCAGGAGAGGCAGCAGCUUCACGCUGCGGCACCCGCCGGUGGUGGACAUCGGCUGCAACUGCCGCCGGCCGAAGUUGUUCUCCAUCUUCACCUCGUCGUCGUCCUCCUUGUUCCGCGGCGGGGGCAAGCCCAAGUCCCCCAACGCCUCUUCCACGUCCACCACCACGGCGUUCACGGCCACCGCCGCGGGCGGGCGCAGCGGCACCACGGCCACCUCCACCGACUCCUCCUCGUGGGGUCCCGCGUCUUUCAUCACCACCAACUCCCUGUACGAGGAGCCGAUAGCGGUGGCGGUGGCGGUGCCGCUGCAGGAGCGGGAGCCGCAGGAGACGAGGCGGCGGCGGAGGCAGCGCCGGCGCCGGAGACCGGCCACCGCGCGCCACGACGAGGAGGAGCAGUACGGGCGGGUGGCGCGGGAGAGCGUACCGGUGGCGGUGGACUCGGCGGAGCCGUACGAGGACUUCCGCGAGUCGAUGGUGCAGAUGGUGGUGGAGAAGGAGAUCUACGCGUGGGACGACCUCAACGACCUCCUCCACCAAUUCCUCUCCCUCAACUCGCCGCGCCACCACCCGCUCAUACUCCACGCCUUCGCCGACCUCUGGACCCGCAACGGCCUCUUCUCCCCGCCCUCCCCUUGCCAGUUCUAGCUCAUGCGUCAUCCACCCUCCAAUCUCCAACACAGCGCCACGCCAUCCACGUACGCUUGCAUACCUGUUAACCACUAGCCAAUCUUUGUCUUACUACCAGUACUCAAUCAUUCUGCCAUUAACGGAGUACGCAGCUCAUCAUCCCUGACCGGGAGGCUAUUAACGGAGGUCCCGGCCGGCGAGCUGCAUCUUGCAUGCAUGCGGAGGUCUUUAGCUUAAGCUGAGCAAAAAAGACUAUGCAUGAUUAACCGCUGCUAUUUGUUGUGAUGUGCAAUUCAUGUCAUGUCAUGUCAGAUAAUGUAAUGUAGUACGUGCGUACGUACGUGUUAAUGAUGUGUGCGUGUGGCGGUCGUGGUGCAAUGAUACACUUGUGUUGGUCGAGUGUGAUACUACUGUGCUGUACUGACACUGGAGCUUUACUGCUUUUGUUGCGAUUCGUUUGCUCGCUGUCCUGUGAUCCUGCCCCUCGGCCUGCAUGUACGUGCUGCCCUUGCCGUGAAGCUUUGCAUGGUGCUCCAGCUUUCCGUUUCGUUUCAUGUGGAGCAAAGCUGUGUGUCAGGGCAUCACUGUGAAUAAGACCUGGGCCGUAAGAAACGGUGAUGUGGCCAGGGACGAGUUGUUAUUAUGUACUUGGACUAAG